UGGCGACCAUGAGUUGCAGACUGUGAGCAGGCGCACAGUUCGUGACGCAGGGUAUUUCUCCACUUCUGGGUCGCGAAGUUCUGGUAGCAAUGUCUGGACACGGACAUGGACACGGCGGCCACAACCACGGGUGUGGUUGCGAAGGAGAACAUGAGCCAGCAGAACGGGGCUUUGAGUAUGGGUUGUAUCGGCGCAUUGACAUCGAGAAACUGCAGUGCCUGAAUGAGAGCCGAGACGGGGACGGUAAACUCGUGUUCAAGCCUUGGGAUCAACGCACAGACCGAGAAAAGUUUGUUGAGAGUGAUGCUGAUGAAGAGCUUCUGUUCAAUAUCCCGUUCACGGGCAGCGUGAAGUUAAAAGGUAUCAUCAUCGCAGGAGAGGACGAUGACUCGCACCCUGCUGAAAUGAGACUGUAUAAGAACAUACCCCAGAUGUCAUUUGAUGACACAGGUAGAGAGCCAGACCAAGCCUUCCGCCUAAACAGAGACCCACUGGCAGAACUGGAAUACCCUGCAAAGAUUGCACGUUUCUCCAAUGUUCAACACCUGUCCAUCCACUUGUCCCGGAACUUUGGGGCGGAGUCCACGAGGGUCUACUACAUUGGGCUGCGUGGUGAAUAUACUGAGGCUCAUAGGCACGAGGUGACAAUUUGCAACUAUGAGGCUGCAGCAAACCCAAUGGAUCACAAAGUUGACACAAUCACUCCACAGACACACUUCAUAUCCUGAGGGAGAGGAAAAAGAGAAUUGGGAGUGAGAGACAAAACAAAGGCCUUAAGCACUUACUGCUGAGAGCGACAGCAUGAUGGUGAUGAAUAUAAAGAGAUAGGCAGGUAGGCUUAUAGGGACUUGGACAGAGCAUGCUGGUCACGUGAAUGAACUGGAG